GUAAAAAUCAGGAUUCGGUUUUUCUGAUCCGGAUUUUUUUCCCAGCCGUAACCAAAACAUUAAGCCUCCUAAACAACAGUUAUAUCCCUUAAUAUGCCUUUUACUAAAGAAAACCCGUAACAUAAAGUUGAGUAGGUUUCUUUUUACAUGCAUGCUUACUAGAAUUGGGCCUUCUGAAAGACCAUAUAGGACCCCAGUAAUCGCUAGGGCUUCCUCGUUAAAACGGACGUCGCCGCUGGCAAGAGACCUUUAAAUACGAACCAUCUCUCCUCUGUUUCAUCAAGUACUACUCAAUAACUGGUUCUCCGUUCAGUUCUCUUUAUUGGUCUUCAGUAUGUUUAGUGUUCAGUAUGUUUAUGGCAAGAGACCUUUAAAUACGAACCAUCUCUCCUCUGUUUCAUCAAGUACUACUCAAUAACUGGUUCUCCGUUCAGUUCUCUUUAUUGGUCUUCAGUAUGUUUAGUGUUCAGUAUGUUUAUGGCAAGAGACUUUAAAUACGAACCAUCUCUCCUCUGUUUCAUCAAGUACUACUCAAUAACUGGUUCUCCGUUCAGUUCUCUUUAUUGGUCUUCAGUAUGUUUAGUGUUUACUUCUGUUCUUUGGUUUGAAUUCUCUCUUUUAGUAUAAAUUGAAAAACAGAUCAGAUGAUGAGCUAAUACUGCAACAAUAUGAUCUUCAUGAUUCUUAGUAUUCAAGUCUCUGAUGAUCUAUCAACAUUUUUUCUCUCUCUCCCUUUUGCUAAUCUUUUUCUUCUUUGAUCUUGUCAGAUUGUGUAUCUUCUUAAUUUGAUAUUCCUUGUUUUCGAUAUAUAUAUAUAUAUCUGGAUAAGAGAAAGAAAAGUGAUAUGAUGAGCAACUAAAUUGGUCCGUGUUUCAGAUUAACCGUGACCGAAAACUUUCUUAACCAAACUCUGAUCUCUCAAAAUCUUUUUUGCGAAAUUUACUUUAUUUUAAUAUUUUCUUUUUUUUUUAUUGAUCUUUUAUCCAGCGGUGAUGAUUUUAUGAAAAAUUCACAUGUCAGACUUCAGAGAUUCUUAACGAAUCAGUGAGAAUGAAUUCAUAUUUUCUGAGCAGAAGACGAGUGUUUUUGCUCCAUAAGAGCGAUUUCAAAUGUUGAAUUAUUUGACCAAAGGAUCUGGAGAAUAACCAAGUAUUAAUGAAUUGAACAUAAUUUAAAGUAAAAUGAAUAACCAAGUAUUAAUGAAUUAAACAUAAAUUCAAGUUAAAAAUACAAAUUAUGAUGAGUCGUGCCCGGAAGCUGGAUCCAUCGUUAAAAAGAUGUAUUUUUGCCGUUCAUUAUAAAUUUGUGGACAAAAUAAUUAUUAAUGUUGAAUCCAGUUAACCAUAACUCAUAUUUUACACUGGUAAUAAGAAAGCUUACCAAAGGACAAUGUAAUCUGAUGCAAAGCUGUAAUAAUGAUACGUAAAUCUCUGUCCAAGCGAGUUCUUAAAAGUACAGAUUCGUGUUGUUAGUAAGCGCCUAAAAAACCGUCGUCAAGGAAAAAAUGAUGUCGAGUAUAUUUGCCAACGUGGCGAAACAUCAACCAAAGUUUCUGUUUAGAUCCCAUUUUGUCUCAUAAUAAGUUUUUCUUAGAUUUUCCUUUUAUGUAAAUCGAUUCGAGAAUGGAGAUACUUCGAAAGGCAGCGAUUGUACGGCUCCAUAGCCACAACGGAAAGUACCUAACCGCUGACGUAGAUCAAGAAUCCGUUCAUCAAGACCGUCGCGGUACAACUAAAAACACCCGAUGGACCGUUGAGAUUGUUUGUGGGUCUAAUGUCAUUCGUCUUCAAAGCUGUUACGGCAAAUACCUAACCGCCUCUAAUAAUCAUUUCCUCCUCGGAGCCACCGGUAAAAAUGUACUUCAAACCUUACCGGCAAAGUUGGAUUCGUCGGCAGAGUGGGAACCAAUAUCGGACAAUGGCAAACACGUACGGUUCAAGAGUCGGUAUGGACAGUAUCUAAGAGCUAACAAAGGUUUACCGCCUUGGAGAAACUCUAUCACACACGAUAUCCCUAGCCGUACAGUCACACAAGAUUGGGUCUUGUGGAGUGUUGAUGUUCUCCAAGUUCGAGUUAUCAACGACGAUGCUGAAUCUACCCAUAGUUCUUCGGCAUUUUCACGGGUCGAGGUACUAUACAUAGAUACCAACUCUAGUAGUACAUUUCAAAUGUUAUUUUUGUUGAUGUUAUAUGUACUUGACCAGUCAGGUGAUUCAUUUACUGUGAGCUUACCACCAAAAUCUGAAGGAAGACUGAUAUAUUACCAGACUAGAGAUGAUUGUGGGAACAUGAAUGAUGACGACGACAUAGGAGAAAAAUCAUUGAUAUUCCAUGGAAGCGAGUUGACAGAAUUGAAGAAGAAACUAGAGGAAGAAACAGGGAUCCAAGAUCUUAUUGUUUGCUCUAGAAACCCUUUGCAUGAUGCGAAGCUUUGUCCUCUUCAGUUGCAUCUCCCUCCCAAUAACGCAACAAUGCACAUCAUCAUCGUUCCUCCUUCACUCGAUACUGACAAACGAUAAGAGUAAUAUAUGUGAAACAACCAACUUGGAGGAGAAUAAACUAGAGAGUUAUUAUUUCAUGUUGUUUCUUUACUAAUAAACAAUGUGAAAGAAUAGUUUCAGAAAUUCAAAACCUUUUGUUAAUCCAAAAACAAAGCCUCAAUACGUAUUCCUUUAUAUGUAUUCAUUUGUAUUACUGUAUUAGAUACAUAGAAUCGAAGUAUAAACUUUCUCUUCCGUUCGACUGAAUUUUGUUAAUGUUUUUGUUAUUAUUGUACAUGUUUCAGAUUAACUUUCUACCAAAGUUCCUAUUAAAUAAACUUAAGUGUAGGCGUAGCUAUUUCGAUUCUCCAAGAUGAUUGUAAAUUCUGAUUUUUUUGGGUAUACUAUAUAUUUGUGAAAGGGACUCUUGCAGUUGAGUAGUUUGCAUUAGGAUAGUAUAUAAACGAGUCACCCGUGACGUACUCUAGAGCUUGAUAACAUUCUCUCCUUUGUGAUUGUUAAAUGUUAAUAAUCAUUAACAAUAUUUACGCAGUUGUGAGUUUUUUAUUCAUUAGGUCAACAAUGUUUUAUAGUCUAUCAAUUCAUAGAGUAGUUGGAAAUUCAAACUUUAAAUUACUAAUUAUUGGCCGAUCAGAGAAUAAAAAGUUUAUCAUUUAAGAGUAAAGCUAAAUUUAGACGUAAUGUACUAGUGUUAAUCAAAUCUCAUUUUUCUCCUUGGUUUCUCACUGGGUUAGCUUCACUUAAAUCGAAAAAGUGAAAAUGAAAAGCAAUAUGAUUAGGAGCUUCUUUUUCCUUCCAAAGAAGCACAGAACAUCUUAAAUGUCUAUAGAUUUUUC